UCUCUCUUCCCCUUCUGCUUUCACUGUGCGCACCCUCUCUCAGCUCUCCACUCUUCACCACCAACCCAAAAAGGAGCAGAAACUAAAAAUCACACUCCCUGUUGGCUACCGGCGUUUCCAAUCCGCCAUCGCCGAUCGCAUUCCUUCUCUCUAUGGAGAAUCCACAGAACCCUCUUGGCAUUCUCCCUUUCCUCGUCUGAAACACACUUUCCGGCUGCCUUCCCUUUUUUUUUUUCUCUCUCCUUUAAUUCUGGGUUCAACUCCGGGAAAACAAAAUCAGAGUCAGGGGAAAGAAUGGAGAAAAAACAAGGGUUCUUCUCGGCUCUGAAAGACGAAGUGGUUCGUGGGCUUUCCCCAUCUCGCUCGCGCUCCCGUUCCCGUUCCUGCAGCCCUGCGCGAACCGCUUCGCCGUUUUCGGGUCUCCUCCGGCGGAAGAAGGGUUCCGGCGCCGCUAACUGCUACGUGUCCCAGCCGGAGCCGUUGAUCGGGAGAUCCGGAAGCUUGAGGCCGGUGGUUGGUGAGACGCUGACGCCGUUAAUGGAAGGUCCCAAUCCCGACGGGGAAGGGGACCCCAAGCCCGUCGGGUCGAGUCUGGGCCAGUGGAUGAAAGGUCAGCUGUCGAGGACGCCGUCAGUGGCCGCUGGCGCCGCCUACAGGAGGUCCGAUCUGAGGCUUCUGCUCGGAGUAAUGGGUGCGCCGUUGGCUCCGGUUCACGUUAGCAGCACGGACCCUUUGCCUCUGCUCAGCAUUAAAGACACUCCCAUUGAAACUUCCUCGGCUCAGUACAUAUUACAGCAGUACACUGCAGCAUCUGGAGGGCAGAAGCUGCAGAACUCAAUUCGGAAUGCUUAUGCUAUGGGGAAGAUCAAAAUGAUAACAUCAGAGUUCGAGACGGCCACGAAGGUUGUGAAGAAUCGAAAUGGUGCCAGAGGCGCUGAGACGGGCGGAUUUGUUCUCUGGCAGAUGGAUCCAGACAUGUGGUAUGUUGAGCUUGCAGUGGGUGGUAGCAAGGUUCAUGCUGGCUGCAAUGGCAAGCUUGUUUGGCGCCACACCCCAUGGCUGGGUGCCCACACUGCUAAAGGACCUGUUCGGCCUUUGCGACGUGCACUUCAGGGUCUUGAUCCGAGGAUCACGGCGAGCUUGUUUGCUGAUGCAAAGUGCAUAGGGGAGAAGAAGAUUAAUGGGGAGGAUUGCUUUAUGCUGAAGCUAUGUGCUGAUCCCCAGACAUUGAAGGCAAGGAGUGAAGGUCCAGCUGAGAUUAUAAGGCACGUUCUGUUUGGCUACUUCAGUCAAAAGACUGGACUUCUUGUUCACAUGGAGGAUUCACAUCUGACCCGAAUCCAAUCCAACGGCGGGGAUGCGGUGUACUGGGAGACCACAAUCAACUCUUUCAUGGAUGAUUAUAGGCCAGUGGAAGGCAUAAUGAUUGCACAUUCUGGCCAUUCCGUGGUGACCCUCUACAGAUUUGGUGAGAUGGCGAUGAGCCAUACCAAGACCAAGAUGGAGGAAUCUUGGAGCAUCGAAGAGGUGGCUUUCAAUGUCCCGGGCCUCUCGGUCGACUGCUUUAUCCCUCCCGGAGACCUGAGGUCCGGUGCCAUCAGCGAAAGUUGCGAGCUUCCUCUGGACGAGAGAGCGAAAGGCGCCACAUCGAUAGCAGCAGCAGCAUACCGGGCCAAAGUUGCAGCCAUCGAGAAGUGUCACGAUAUGCAGGUGGAUAACAAUCUGUGGAAGAUGGAGCUUUGAAAGUUUGCUUGAGGGUAACACCAUGGGGGAGGAAAAUCCAAAUUCAAAAAGUAGGGCAAUUGUUUAUAGUGAGUGGUGACUAGGUUUUUCUGCUGUUGACUAACCCAGUUUAGAAGAAUGGUGAUGGAUGAAAGCACACUAUUAUUAUAUUAGGUCGUGGAGGGGGUUUCAAGUCUUUGGUCUUUGUUUUGGUUGAGUCCUGGGACUUGGGUUAAAAAAUGCCUCUGUUAGUCUGUAAAUAGGAAGGAGCAUAAUCAUCAUUCUUGCAGGUCGUAACUAAGGGCGGCCUGGACAUUGAUAGAUCCUUAUGCUCUCUUAGGUGCAGAGUCCAACCUAGGUGAGUUGGAGGCUCAGUUUUCCAGUUAGGGAUUGUGAGCUAACGAAGGUGGAAUAUAUUUAUAGUUUUUUCCCCUUCUUUUUAUUGUUUUUUUUUUUGCCCCCACUUGGUUUUCGCCUUCCAUGGUUUUGAGGGGAAGGUGGGUGGAAGGGAAGGAGUGUUUUGAGAUUUCAGGAACGUAGAAGGAGAGAAAGGAACACCAUUAUCAGCCCCAAGCCAGGCAGGCAGGGCAGGCAGAUAAGUGUAGUAAUUAUUGUUAUUAAUUAUUGCCAUCUUUUGAGCAUAAGAGACUAGAGAGCAGAAAAGCACAGAAGAAAGGGAAAAGAAGCUGCUAUUGAUUUUUCGUGCAGAGUUGCAUCAUUUUGUUUGUUGUUCUUCUGCGCUUGAUGGCGUGGAGAGAUGUAUUAGCAGUUUCUUUUUGGAAAGAAAAUGCUAGGUUGUGCAAUCAAUAAGACAUGAGGUUGAUAUAGAGUCUUACAAUUUUUCUAAGAUUUAAGAAGGCGCUAGGUGUAAGGCCGCGACUAUUGGAGUCUUGCCUGUAGCCUAGGCGUUGCCUAACCAAUGCACAGGCAUUAGACGUUCAGUAACUAACAUAAUACUUAACAACAAGAAAAGUAGCUUACAACUACAUGUAAUCACA